CAGGUGCAAAUCCAAUUUGAUUAAAUCCCUCGUCUUUUGCGCUAUAAAUAGUGGGCUAUGUUUGAUGUACACAAAAAAUAUACUUUUCGUACAUUGUCUGUGUGCAUAGGCAAUUGGAAGACAAAUGUUAUCUUUUUCUUAACCAAUUUUCAUGUGCACAGGUAAAUAAGGGGUGUACACAAAAAGUCUUAACCAUUUUUGAUAAAUAGUACACAUCCGUCUCAUUCAAAAGAGAACAUUGCCAUAAACUUUCUCAACCAAGAUUCAUUUGUAUAAUCAUCAUCCUCAGUGGUCAACAAAUGGGUAAUAAUAGUCAGCAACUUCAUCUUUUCUUCCUUCCUGGAAUGGCUCACGGCCACAUGAUUCCAACUCUGGACAUGGCCAAGCUCUUCGCUUCCCGUGGCAUCACCGCAACCAUAAUCACCACCCCUUUCAACGAACCCGUUUUCUCCUCUGCCGUUCGUAAAUACACAGAGCUGGGGCACCAAAUCCAGAUCCGAUUGGUCGAGUUCCCCGGCGUCCAGCUUGGAUUACCGGAAAAUUGCCAGCGUGUCGACCAGCUCCCCUCCCGCGAAUCAAUUCCCACUUUCAUGAAGGCCUGCUCCCUACUCCAACAACCCUUGGAGGCGCUCCUCGAAGAGCUCCGCCCUGACUGUCUCGUCGCCGAUAUGUUCUUCCCUUGGGCGACGGCCGCCGCCGCCAAGUUCGGUAUUCCGAGGUUGGUCUUCCACGGAACAAAUUGUGUUUCCCUGUGUGCCUCGCACAGUCUGGCGACUCACAAGCCUUACAAAAACGUCUCCUGUGAUUCUGAACCCUUCACAAUUCCAAAUCUUCCCCACCAACUGAAGCUCACCAGAGUUCAAGUUCCAGACCACCAACGUGGCGGCGGAGAUGAACACCCCAUGACGGCUUUCAUGAAUCAAGUAAGGUAUGCGGAUGAAAUAAGCUACGGCGUGAUCUUUAACAGCUUCUAUGAGCUGGAACCCGAAUUUGCAGAGUACUACAGGAAGGUUCUUGGUAGAAAGUCAUGGAUGGUGGGCCCGUUUUCCCUUCUAAACAGGGACAUGGAGGAUAAAUCUCUGAGAGGAAAGAAAUCCUCAAUCGGAGAAACAGAGUGUAUGGACUGGCUGGAUUCCAAGAAACCCAACUCCGUCGUCUACGUCUGUUUCGGAAGCAUUGCGAACUUCGCCGUUUCCCAGCUCAAAGAAAUGGCGGCGGGGAUAGAAAGCUCCGGGCAGGAUUUCAUUUGGGUGAUCAGAAACAAGAGAGAAGAAGACAACGGAAAAGAGGAGUGGAUGCCGGAAGGGUUCGAGAAGAGGACGGAAGGCAGAGGGUUGAUCAUAAGAGGCUGGGCCCCACAAGUGCUGAUUCUUGAAAACCCGGCCGUGGGCGCGUUCGUGACUCACUGCGGCUGGAACUCGACGCUGGAGGGGAUCUGCGCCGGGGUGCCGAUGGUGACUUGGCCGGUCUUCGCCGAGCAGUUCAUCAACGAGAAGCUGGUGACGGAUGUUCUGAGGACCGGAGUCGGGGUUGGGUCGAAAGAGUGGAAACCAGUGGACAGUGAUGGUGUGAAGAAGGAAGACAUUGCAGAGGCCAUCAAGAAAGUGAUGGUGGGGCCAGAGUCAGGGGAGAUGAGGAACAGAGCAGCAGCGUUGAAAAAUAGCGCAAGGAAGGCCAUCGAGAAUGGCGGAUCUUCUUUCUCAGAUUUGACUUAUCUGCUGGAUGAACUCAGAACAAACCGUGCAAAACAGUGAGCAGACAAUAAUGAAUUGCAGUUCAUUUUCAACUUCAAACAGGGUGGAGACAGGAAGCCCUAGAGGGCUCCACCUCCGGAAAAAAAUCUAAAUUAUACGGAGCAUUUAUGUGUGAAUUUUUUAAUAAAUAAAAAAUAUCUCAAUGUUUUGAGCUUUGAUCCCACAGUAAAUUUUUUAAAAUCCAGCUACUUAGAUUUCUGACUUCGCUAUGGACUUCAAACUAGACUUAUCUUCAGCCUUAACAUUCAAAAAAAUUUAUGUACUCCCUCCGUCCCAUUUUAUUUAGCCAAACAUUUUUCCCAAGUCAAAAUUGUUCAAGUUUGACUAAUUAUAUAUGUAUACACAGAAAUAUUGAUAAUGUGAAACUUAUAUGAAAAUGUUUUUUUGUUAAAAAUACUAUCAUAAAAAUAUAAAUUUAUUAAGUUUUACAUAAAUAUAUUAGUUAAAAUAAUGGAUUAGAGUUUAUUAUUUUUGACUGGAAAAGUCAAAGAUGGCUAAAUAAAAAGGGACGAAUGUAGUAUAUAUUACUAAAACUCAUGUUAAUUCUCAUAAUAUGAC